AUGCUCUGCCGCCCCGUCCGGGCGGAAGAGGAGCACUGGGCGGCGGCUCGGAUGGGGCGAACGGGGUACAUCACGGUGCCGAUACUCUCCGUGCUCGCCGCGAUCGGCUAUGUCUACUACACCACGGUGUUCCUGGCGAUCCCCGCGUGGCUGGGGCUCUCCACGGCGGCCGGGCUCGCCAACGCCGCGGUCUUCACCGCGCUCGCCGCCGCCUGCGUCGCUACCUACGCCAUCGCCGUAUCGCGCGACCCGGGCCGCGUGCCGGCGUCCUUCGUGCCCGACGUCGAGGACGCCGGGAGCCCCAUCCACGAGAUCAAGCGCAAGGGUGGUGAUUUGAGAUACUGCCAGAAAUGUUCCCAUUAUAAACCUCCUCGAGCGCACCAUUGUCGUGUCUGCAAAAGAUGUGUUCUAAGAAUGGACCACCACUGUAUAUGGAUUAAUAACUGUGUUGGGCAUGAGAACUACAAGAUAUUCCUAGUUUUUGUUCUGUAUGCUGUAAUUGCAAGCUUCUAUUCUAUGGUUCUCAUUAUAGGUGGUGCUGUGCAUUUACCUAAAGAUGAACAACCAGGCAGUGAUUCUUCUAGAACAGCUAUUAUUGUCUGUGGGGUUCUUCUGUGCCCUUUAGCGUUGGCACUGAUGGUUCUAUUGGGUUGGCACGUUUACCUCAUCUUACAUAAUAAGACUACUAUUGAGUAUCAUGAAGGAGUUAGGGCUACGUGGUUGGCUGAAAAGGCUGGAAACAUUUAUCAUCAUCCUUAUAACCUUGGAGUCUAUGAGAACCUAGUUUCGGUGCUAGGACCUAACAUGUUGUGCUGGCUCUGCCCAAUAUCAAGGAACAUAGGAAAUGGUGUUCGUUUCCGCACAUCAUAUGACAUUCCACUAUCAACUUCACCAAUGUGA